AUGACCCAAGCAAUCUGCGAUACAGUUCGAGCCAUCGAGGAUCCACAGACAGAAUUGGGGGAGAGGACAAACCUGUUGGUGAAUCUUGUUGAAGCGGUCACGGCCCACACUUCCACAGCGGCAGCAAGGAAAAGACCAAAACGGCAGUCAACCCAGCCGGCACUAUCACUCGUCACCUUUGGAAGCUUUGCGGCCAUGGAACAAGCCCACCAGCUGAACUUCUUGGUAAACGACAUGCUGGCAAAUCAAAGAUGCAAAAUCUUCAAGCGAGCAAAUAAAAAUCCGGCCCCUUCUGCCUACAAAGAAACAAAGGAGAGGAGAGAUGCACCUGCACCAAUGCAAUUACAACUAGGGUUAACACCACCAAUAUUCGAAAUCAUGUCUAUUUUGUCUGCUUUGACUACAUCUACUGCAGCUUCUAAAAAUUCCUUUUACCCAUCACCCGCACCGCCAACAACAAAGAAGAGGAAGCCCAACACUGCCCUUGCCGUCCGCCUCAACUCCUCUCAAAAAACGAAGGUCAACAACAACAAGAAGGCAUCAGGAGUGGUCAAAUAUAUUGCUCAUAAGGAUGCAACAAGAAGGUUGGCAAGAGAAUGGUCAAAAGAUGCCUCCGAUCCCUCCACUGUUGGGAUAUGA